AGUCAAAAAUGCUGUAUGAUUAAUCAACUAAAAACAAAUUGCAAUAUAUAAAUAUAUAAUUUUGUAUUAAAGGUUUCUCUUCUUACUUUCAAUUGUAAUUUGCUUAUGCUACUUUAAAUAUAUCAGAUCGAUAUAUUUAAAGCUUUAGUCACAUUAACGAUUGUAGUGAAGUUAACAGAAAUGCGAGUAAGAAAGUAAUGUAAUACGUAUCGUAUUUCAUACAGUGAAAUGUGCAGCCAUAGAUAAAUAAUAACGAGAGGAAAGAACGACGAGAAAGUCGUCAAAAGAAAAAUAAUAAUCAACACGCUCGCUUAUUAAAUCGAAAGCAACGAACGGCAGUGAGAAUAAUUUUGUAAUGUGAAAGUGUUUAAAUUUUCAAAAUGUUUCAUUAAGUUGGAAAAUCAUAAAAUCUCUAUAAAUGGUGAAACAAAUUUGCAUUUGUGAGGCGAAGAUGACGUUUAUAUUAAUACAUCUUCUAAUCAAACAUUUUUGAAUGUCAGUGUCACUCUACAUUCAUCAAAAUCAACAUUCUGAUAAACCUGUGACCUACAAAAAUGGGUAAAAAUCGAAAAAUUCGGUCGUUGAUCGAACACUCAUCACCAUUUCGCAAAAUGGUGCAGCAAGAGGCGGUGAUCGUAAGGAAUGCCACAAAGCGUUAUGGGAAAGGGCAAUUGGUGCUCAACGGUCUAAAUAUGACCGUUUCAAGAGGCUCCAUAUACGGACUGUUGGGGGCCAGCGGGUGCGGCAAGACCACCUUGUUAUCCUGCAUCGUCGGGGUUCGGUAUUUCGACACCGGAGAGUUAUGGGUCUUGGGAGGAACUCCGGGAAGCAAAGGUUCUGGGAUUCCUGGGCCUCGAGUGGGUUACAUGCCGCAAGAUAUCUCUUUGGUAGGAGAGUUCACCGUGAGAGACGCCUUCUACUACUUCGGCAGAAUCAACGGACUCGAUGAUGAGGAGAUCGAGACAAAACGGACCUUCUUCUCGGAGUUUCUCCAAUUACCCCCGUCGAAUCGUUUGGUGAAGAACAUGAGUGGAGGACAACAAAGAAGGGUUUCCUUUGCCACAGCGUUGAUACAUAGGCCCGAGCUUCUAAUUUUGGAUGAACCUACUGUGGGAUUGGAUCCAAUUUUAAGAGAGAGUAUUUGGGAUUACCUGAUGAAAAUUACGCAGGAGGAAGGUGUCACAGUGUUAAUCACGACGCAUUACAUCGAUGAGACUAAAGAUGCUAACAAAAUCGGUUUGAUGAGACGUGGUAAAUUGCUGACAGAAUCGGCACCGCAUGAAUUGCUGGAGCAAUUUCAAUGUUCGUCCUUAGAAGAGGCUUUUUUGAAACUGUGCGAUGCACAGGAUAAUGCGAAUUCUGUGAAUGAAAGGGAUUCCCAAGAGGAAACCAGCGAUGUCUUGUAUCAAGAUAAAUUUAUACAAACAAAGGAAAUCUCGAAGUACAAAACGGGACGUCAAGUUUCGCGAUUCAAAAGGUUUAAAGCUCUAGUCGCAAAGAACGGAGUCCAAUUUUUGCGUUAUUACACAGGCUUAAUUUUCGCAGUUUUCUUCCCGAUUGUUCAAGUUAGCGUGUUCCUUGUGGCAGUUGGUGGUGAUCCAAAAGACAUCAAGAUUGGGAUUAUUAACAAUGAAGCUGGGAAUUGUGAUUUCGGCAGCAAUAUUGGCAAUGUUUGGAACGACGGAAGCAGCUGCCACUUUGGCAACCUCAGCUGCAGAUUUCUACAUAAUUUUGACGAUUCGAUAGCGAAAAAGAAAUAUUAUGAUGACUUUUCUGAGGCGAAACGUGAUGUAGAAGAUGGAAAACUCUGCGGUAUAAUAUAUUUUAGUCAAAACUUUUCGCAAGGUUUGCAAAUUCGAUUGGAAGAGGCUACUUUCGCAGAUGAUUCUGAUCUUUACGCCAGUCAGAUUCAAGUUUUCCUCGAUAUGGGUGAUAUGCAAAUUGGGUUUUUCGUGCAGAAAAAGCUAUACGAUAGUUUCAUAGAGAUUUCCGAGGGUAUUAUGCAAGACUGCAAAUAUUUGAUAAAAUUGGCUCAUCCGCCUAUUAAAUUUGAAGAUCCCAUUUAUGGUACAAAUGAUCCCAAUUAUGUGGAUUACGUGUUACCAUCAUACAUGUUAUCACUCGCCUUCUUUAUGGCUGUAACAAUCUCUACCAGUUUGAUAAUCACAGAUCGGUUGGAAGGUGUCUGGGAUCGAAGCGUGGUCCAAGGAGUCAGAUCAGAAGAAAUUCUACUAUCUCACAUUCUUAUUCAGAGCGUCAUCAUAAUUAUCCAUACCAUCAUAAUAAUGUUUGUAUGCUUUGUUGUAUGGGGUUUCGAUUGUAAAGGAUCGAUAUUAGUCGCAUCCUUACUCCAAUUUCUCGGCGGCUUUAUCGGAUUGAUGUUCGGUUUUGUUAUUUCUGUUUUGGCCAAAAAUCAUACUAUGGCGCACUACACUUCGGCUGGAAGCUUUUUCCCGUUAAUAAUGUUGAACGGAACUUUGUGGCCGGUGGAGGGAAUGCCAAAAUUUCUUCGCUGGUUUAGCUACGCUAUGCCAACUACCUUGCCCUCCAUAUCCAUGAGAGGACUCAUUUACAAAGGUUCUUCUGUAUUUGAGUGGCAAGUUUUGAUUGGUUUCUUUGUAAGUUUAGGAUGGAUAUCGUUUUACUUUCUUGUGACUGUACUAUGUUUAAGACGGAAAACUUCGUGAUGUUAUUUAGAAAAGCAAAUUCUUUUGAAUGAAUGCAGAAACAGUUUUGCAUAAUCUAAUAAGUUUGAGUUAGACAAAUAUGCAGGGUGUUUCAACUAACUAAAAUGAAUUAUUAAUAUUUUAACUUAUGUGUAAUAUACAAAAUAUAUAUAAUUAUUUUAUCUAUUUAAAUUACUCUCUGUAAGAAAUUAAUUUCUUUGAAGGAUAAAAUAGCUAUAAUUCCUUUUAUUUAAUUAAUUGUUAUUGUAAAUUAAUCUUUUUUAUUCUGGUUUAAAUUGAUAAUUUUUUUAUUUUAUAUAUACAGUACAAGAAUAAAACAUAACUAAUUAAUUACUUUUGUGUGAUUAAUGUAGCAGUAUUAAUUGUUUUCGAAAAAUAAUGAUAACUAAUUUAGAUAAAAAAGAAUCGGUAUAUAUUUAGUUUUACUAAAGUACUUAAUUGUAUUAGUAAUAAUAUUGUCAAUAAAAUGUUUAAUUAUAUAAAAAUUAAAA